AUGUCUAGCUCUAGUGGGGAGUUGAAAAACGACUCCGACAAUAAGCUAGAAAAAACACAAACGUAUUCAAGUUCUGACCAACAUUCAAUCAAUGAGUACCAAGGUGUCAACGAUAAUGAUGAGAACAUUAGGCAGUUGGCUAGAACAUUUACCCACGACUCACUCAAAGAUGACCAAUCUGCUGCCACUUUGCGCAAGUACUUGAGUAACAUGUCAGAUGUUCCAGGUAUUAACCCAGUCAGCGAGUCAGAUUUGGAUAGAUUGAACCCAGAUUCAGACCACUUUGAAGCCAAGUUCUGGGUGAAGAACUUGAAGAGAUUGUUUGACUCCGACCCAGACUACUACAAACCUUCCAAAUUAGGUGUCGCUUACAGAGACUUGAGAGCAUACGGUGUCGCCAAUGACACAGAUUAUCAACCAACAGUCACCAAUGCACUUUGGAAAUUGGCCACAGAAGGAAUCAGAUCGCUCAGAAAAGAAAAAGAGAGCGAAUUGUUCAACAUUUUGAAACAUAUGGAUGCUAUAAUGAGACCCGGUGAGUUGACUGUGGUUUUGGGUAGACCAGGAAGUGGUUGUUCUACCUUGUUAAAGACAAUUGCUGUCAACACAUAUGGUUUCCAUGUUGGUAAAGAAUCCAAAAUUACAUACGACGGAUUGUCGCCAAAGGAUAUCGAGAAACACUACAGAGGUGAUGUUAUCUACUCUGCAGAAACUGACGUUCAUUUUCCUCACUUGACCGUUGGCGAAACAUUGGACUUUGCCGCCAGACUAAGAACACCAAAAAAUCGUGGUGAAGGUAUUGAAAGAGAAGCAUACGCCAAGCAUUUGGCCAGUGUUUAUAUGGCAACAUACGGGUUGUCCCACACAAGAAACACAAACGUUGGUAACGAUUUCGUUAGAGGUGUUUCCGGUGGUGAGAGAAAGAGAGUUUCGAUUGCUGAAGCAUCAUUGAGUGGAGCAAAUAUCCAAUGUUGGGAUAAUGCCACAAGAGGUUUGGAUGCAGCCACCGCGUUGGAGUUUAUCAGAGCAUUGAAAACUGCCGCAACCAUUCUUGACACUACCCCUUUGAUUGCUAUUUACCAAUGUUCUCAAGAUGCAUACGAUUUGUUUGACAAAGUUGUGGUUUUAUAUGAAGGUUACCAAAUCUAUUUCGGAAGAGCAGACAAGGCAAAAGAGUAUUUCAUCAAUAUGGGAUACGAAUGUCCUGAAAGACAAACCACUGCUGAUUUCUUGACAUCCAUCACUAAUCCAGCUGAAAGAAUUGUUCGUCCAGGCUUUGACAAUAAGGUUCCUCGUAUAGCAGAAGAGUUUGAUGCUUACUGGAAAAGAUCUCCAGAGUAUAAUGCCCUCAUCCAAGAAAUUGACCAACACUUUAUUGAUUGCACCCAUCUCAAUACAAAGCAAACAUACCACGACUCACACGUGGCAAAGCAGUCCAAAAAUUUGAGCCCAUCAUCUCCAUACACUGUUUCAUUCUUUAUGCAAACAAGAUACAUUAUGCAUCGGAAUUGGCUUCGAAUGAAGGGAGAUCCAUCAAUCACCAUUUUCUCCAUCUUUGGUCAAUUGGUAAUGGCACUUAUCCUUUCCUCGGUGUUUUACAACUUAAGUCAAACGACUGACUCUUUUUACUAUCGUGGUGCUGCAAUGUUCUUUGCAGUGUUGUAUAAUGCAUUUGCCUCGCUUUUGGAAAUUAUGGCUCUUUUCGAAGCUAGACCAAUUGUGGAAAAGCACAAAAAAUACGCUCUAUAUCGACCCUCAGCUGAUGCGUUGGCUGGUAUUGUUACUGAGCUUCCUGUUAAACUUUUGAUGUCCAUGUCUUUUAACUUUGUGUUUUAUUUCAUGGUGAACUUUAGAAGAAACCCUGGAAGAUUCUUCUUUUAUUGGCUCAUAUGUUUUUGGUGUACCUUGGUUAUGUCGCAUUUGUUCCGUUCUAUUGGUGCUGUGUCAACAUCAUUAGCUGGUGCAAUGACGCCAGCAAUUGUUCUUUUGUUAGCAAUGGUUAUCUACACUGGUUUUGUUAUCCCAACACCAAAUAUGUUGGGUUGGUCGAGAUGGAUCAAUUAUAUUAACCCUGUCGGGUACGUAUUUGAGUCCUUGAUGGUUAAUGAAUUUCAUGAUCGUCCAUUUGAAUGUGCUAAUUUCAUACCUACUGGUCCAGGUUACGAGAAUAUCUCCAAUGAUAACAGAGUUUGUUCUGCUACUGGGUCAAAGCCAGGUAAUUUAAUUGUGAAUGGUUCAGACUACGUGCGUGAACUUUAUGAGUAUUCCAAUGGCCACAAAUGGAGAAACUUUGGUAUUACUAUUGGAUUUGCUCUCUUUUUUUUGUUCAUUUACAUUUCCCUUACUGAGUUCAACAAAGGUGCUAUGCAAAAGGGUGAAAUUGUUUUGUUUUUGAGAGGAUCAUUGAAGAAACAAAAGAAACAAAAACAAUUGGCAAAAGCCAAAACCGACUCUGAGUUUGGUGGAAUGCCAAAUGAAAAAGUUAGUUACGAAGCUCAAGCCGAGGCUGAAAGAUUUGAAAAUGGUAAUGGUAAUUUCAACGAAAAAGGUGAGGUUAGUGGUGAUGCAUUACCAAGCAACAAGGAAAUCUUUUUCUGGAGAAACUUGACUUACCAAGUCAAGAUCAAAAAAGAAGAUCGUGUUAUUUUGGACCAUGUUGAUGGAUGGGUCAAGCCAGGUCAGAUUACUGCUUUGAUGGGUGCUUCCGGUGCUGGUAAAACUACCCUUUUGAACUGUUUAUCAGAGCGUGUUACUACUGGUGUCAUCACUGAUGGUGAAAGAAUGGUGAAUGGUCACUCUUUGGACUCGUCUUUCCAGAGAUCUAUUGGUUAUGUUCAACAACAAGAUUUGCAUUUGGCUGCAUCCACCGUGAGAGAAGCAUUACAAUUUUCUGCCUAUUUGAGACAAUCUAAUAAAGUUCCAAAGAAAGAGAAAGAUGAAUAUGUUGAUUAUGUUAUUGAUCUUUUGGAAAUGACAGAUUAUGCCGAUGCCAUGGUUGGUGUUGCCGGUGAAGGUCUUAACGUUGAGCAAAGAAAGAGAUUGACUAUUGGUGUUGAAUUGGUUGCCAAACCUAAAUUAUUGUUGUUUCUUGAUGAACCCACCUCAGGUUUGGACUCACAGACUGCAUGGUCGAUUUGUAAGUUGAUGAGAAAGCUCGCUAACCACGGACAGGCAAUUUUGUGUACUAUCCACCAGCCUUCAGCUAUCUUGAUGAAGGAGUUUGACAGAUUAUUGUUUUUACAAAAAGGUGGUAAAACUGUUUACUUUGGAGACCUUGGUGAGGGCUGCCAAACAUUGAUCAACUACUUUGAAAGUCAAGGCGCAGACCCAUGUCCACCAAGUGCCAAUCCAGCUGAAUGGAUGUUGCACGUUGUUGGUGCAGCCCCAGGAUCACAUGCCAAAGCAGAUUAUUUUGAGGUUUGGAGAAACUCUAAGGAAUACCAAGCGGUGCAAGCUGAGUUGGAUAGAAUGCAAACAGAGUUAUCGCAAUUGCCUCGUGAUGAAGACCCCGAAACAAAAUACAAGUACGCUGCGCCUUUGUGGAAACAAUAUUUGAUUGUUAGUUGGAGAGUUAUACUUCAAAACUGGAGAACGCCUACAUAUAUUUAUGCAAAAUUGUUUUUGGUUAUUGCAGCUUCUUUGUUCAAUGGUUUCUCAUUUUUCAAAGCAGGUACUUCAAUGCAGGGUUUACAAAACCAAAUGUUUUCGGUAUUUAUGUUUUUCAUUCCAUUGAACACUUUGAUUCAGCAAAUGUUGCCAUACUUUGUCAGACAUAGAGAGGUUUAUGAGACUCGUGAGGCUCCGUCCCGUACAUUUAGUUGGGUUGCAUUCAUCACUGGUCAAAUUACUUCUGAGAUUCCAUAUCAAUUUGUUAUUGGUACUAUUUCAUACUUUUGCUGGUACUACCCUGUUGGAUUAUACCAAAAUGCCGAGCCAACUGAUUCUGUCAACCAAAGAGGUGUACUUAUGUGGCUCUUUAUUACUGCGUUCUUUGUUUAUACAUCAACGUUGGGUCAGUUGUGUAUGUCAUUUAACGAGUUGGAUAUAAAUGCUGCUAAUCUUGCGGUGAUGAUGUUUACAUUGUGUCUUAACUUCUGUGGUGUUUUGGCUACGAAAGAUGCAUUGCCAGGAUUCUGGAUUUUUAUGUACUACUGCAACCCAUUUACUUAUUUGGUGCAAGGUAUGUUGUCGACUGGUUUAGCAAACACCAAUGUUGUUUGUAGAGGAUCAGAACUUGUUACCGUGGUGCCACCCCUGGGAACUUCAUGUUCAGACUACAUGCUGACGUAUAUCAAUAAUUUCGGUGGUUAUGUGAAGGAUAAUGGAGGAAGUUGUGACUUUUGUCAAAUGAGCUCUACCAAUGUCUUUUUGAAAUCGAUCAAUGCAUUGUACAGCGAGAGAUGGAGAAAUUGGGGACUUGUUAUUUGCUUCAUUGUUGCCAACAUGGCUUUAACUGUUGUUUUCUAUUACCUUGCUCGUGUUCCUAAAGGCAACAGGGAAAAGAAGCACAAGAAGUAG